CCAUACUUUAAUAAGACAUCGAACACAUCGCCACUCUAAACCAGUCUUCUGAGCUUCCAAAGCAAAAACCAAGACUUUUCUCUUUGCUCUUGGCUUUCUCGCUCUAUAAAAACCAUUUUGCUCUGAUUUCUCUGUGGCGACCUUCACAACUUCACGUUUCUCUCUCUCUCUCUCUUCAAUCCUCGUCGGGAAUCUCAUGGCUGCUUCAGUUGCAGGAUCGGCCGCCGUCGUCUUCAAAUCCGCCGGAGUUGCAGAGAAAUCUGGACUUUCCGGUGCUCAUUUCCGGCAAUGCUCUUUCAUUUCAGGACACGCUGGGUCGAUUAAGCUCCCAAAUCGCAUCAACUUGGAUUGCAGAUCGAGGAGAUCGUUUGCUUCCUCCGGUGUAAAAGCACAGGUUGCCACUAUUGAACAAGCAAGCGUUGAUUCAACUCUAAAUGUGGAAGCUCCUGUUGCUAUUGUGACUGGCGCCUCUAGAGGAAUUGGCAAAGCCAUUGCAUUGGCUUUGGGGAAAGCAGGGUGUAAGGUUCUGGUUAAUUAUGCUAGGUCAUCAAAGGAAGCAGAAGAAGUUUGUAAAGAGAUUGAGGCGUGUGGCGGACAGGCUCUUACUUUUGGGGGAGAUGUUUCGAAAGAAGCAGAUGUGGAAUCAAUGAUUAAAACUGCGGUUGAUGCAUGGGGAACUGUUGAUGUAUUGAUAAACAAUGCAGGUAUUACUAGGGAUGGUUUGUUUAUGAGGAUGAAGACAACUCAGUGGCAGGAGGUCAUUGAUCUGAAUCUCACGGGUGUAUACCUGUGUACACAGGCAGCAGCUAAGAUUAUGAUGAAAAAGAGAAAGGGAAAGAUAAUCAAUAUAGCAUCGGUUGUCGGUCUUGUUGGUAAUGUUGGGCAGGCCAAUUAUAGUGCUGCAAAAGCAGGAGUAAUUGGCCUGACAAAAACUGUGGCAAAAGAAUAUGCAAGCAGAAAUAUUAAUGUUAAUGCUGUCGCCCCAGGUUUCAUUGCAUCCGAUAUGACUGCUAAGCUUGGGGAUAACAUUGAGAAGAAAAUCUUGGAGACCAUCCCAUUAGGAAGGUACGGCCAACCCGAAGAAGUUGCUGGAUUGGUGGAAUUCUUAGCCCUCAACCCUGCAUCCAAUUACAUGACUGGACAGGUGCUCACCAUUGAUGGAGGAAUGGUGAUGUAAAGAGAUCAGCAACCCAUUCUACUUGGUUUUUCUGCCAAACUACAUUUCCUUGUUCGAUGAGAGGCAGCGAAAUCACAAUUCAACUGGGUAUUACUAAAUCGGUGGAAGCUGAAGUAGACACUUUUCUAGCUUAAGAUAUAGCUAUGAAAUAAAAGUAACAGUCCAGAAAGUUUUGAUAGUAUUAUAGUCAUGUUUAAUGAAACCAGACCAUGGUUGUGUAGCAGUCUUUUUCAAAGCUCCUUUUGGCAAACAUUAAAUAGUUUCUAAAGUGACACAUUUCUGUCAUAUUUGCAGCAUUCAUACACUCAUUUUUCAUUUA